AGCAGUUACUUAAGUAACUUGUGUUUAAUUUUGUAAAGCAGAUAACGUGCAUGCAGUUUGGUACAUUUGGUACAUGCAUUGGCUACGUAAGUGUUAAUGGUUUCAGAAACAGUGCUCACCAUUAGUAAGCAUUUAGAAAAAAAAACUGUUGUAGACUUUAGCUAGUGGAUUCACUGUAACCGUUUAGCUUGAAGGGAAACAAAACAGCAGAAGAAGAAUCCACUUCCGCUGAUGGCUGCACAGCCGCACAGCGCAGGUGUGUGUGCAAAACAGCUAGCUGUGCCGUCUAACAUCACUCGCAUUGCUAAAAACAUUACAAAAUGCUGCCUAAUUAUGUGGUAAAAGACUAGAUUCGCGUUUUCAUUGUCUUUUACCCUGCCUCUGCUCUGAGUGACUGCGGUUAAGAAAAACUAUUUUAAAACAACUGUGGCGCUGUUUAGCUAACGAGCACUAGCUAGAGUAAGCUAGCACUAACAAACAGCCACGCCAAGAUGGACGAAGCUGCUGCAGCGGCGAUCAAAGAGGACGGAGCUCAAAAGAACCCCCACAAUGGAGACGGAGCAUCUGAAAACGACGUUGGUCCAUCUGCGGAGGACACUGCUCAUAGUAACAGGGUUGGGCUUUUCUGCUGUCGGGAUUGUGGAGAAGCCUUCAGAGAGGAGGAAGCCUACUUGGAGCAUCGCCACCAGCACUCGCAAGAAAGUGUGUUUUUAGACAACCAGCUGGAUGGUUUUCAUGACACAGAAAAGGACAGUGAAUCAGCUAAUUUCUGUACUUUCUGUUCACUCUCAUUUGUUGAACCAAGUGAGUUCCACUUGCACAUGGAGAAGAACCAUGGUCAAACCUCUCAAAAGGAGUCUAGUAUUCAGAUAAAUUCCGGGAUAACAAUGCAGCGUACUUAUGAAUGUCCAGACUGUGGGAAAUGUUACUAUGUGAUUGGACACUUUCUUAACCAUCAGCGCUCGCACAGACAAGCCUCCAAAUCAGUUUUUCAUGACCUUGAACAUUUGAAAAAAAAGUCCUUUCAGUGUGAGUCUUGUGGGCGAAAUUAUUCUCGCGCUUCAGCUCUUGAUGCACACCGUCGUUGCCAUGAGGAGAAGUUAGUGAAGUCACGAAACAGGAGUUCAGGAGAGGCAUUUCACAUUGAGGAGUCAGUAGUUGAAGCCAAGUCUAGUGAAGACCAGACAGAUGAUACUCCUGAAAAACUUUUUAAGUGUUCAUGUGGUAAAGCUUUUACUGCUCUGUUACGCCUUAAAACACAUCAACGAUUUAGCCGCAACAGUCAGUGCUCUCCAGAAGAAAUGAAAGAAAAACCAAAGAAGGGCUAUAAUGAGUUUUACUGUAGUGAGUGUAAAAAGGCUUUCGCUGGCCAUAUUGCCCUCUUCAACCAUCAGCGUUGGCAUGCAAAUCACUCAAAUGAUUCUGCAAAAAGGUUCCCAUGUGAGGAAUGUGGAAAAGUAUUUAUGACUUUGACGUUCUACUACAGGCAUCAGCGCACGGCGCACAGUGAGGAGACCCCAGCAAAGUCGUUUCUUCAUCAAGUGUGUCAGCUACAAAAGAAGGCAUUUGAAUGUAAAGAUUGUGGGUUAAAGUUUUCAAGGGCUUCAGCGCUUCACUCCCACCAGCUUCAUCACACGGAUGUUUUCAGAGAAACCGAGAAGGAGACCCAGAUGCGCACCUCUCUGCUACCCUCACAGGCCAUUUUGUAUAGUGAGAAAAAAGAGGCUGAGCAGGAACAAGUGGAAUCGGAGAACACACUUCCUACCAGUGUGGUUGAAGAAGACACAUAUGUAAAUGAGACUGAUGAUGACAUGGAGAGUUAUGAACCUGGGGACUUUAAUGUACAGGUGAUCAGUGCGAGUGAAUCUGAGGACGAGCCCGUACAAGACCUAAAUCCUGAUCUUGAGCUGCUGUGUGAAUCGGAUCAGGAAAUAAGAGAUGACGGUGACACGGGAUUUUCCCCCAGUAGUAUUGGUUCGAAAGCAGAGAUGGAUUUGAAAAUUGUACAGAUUGACUUUGAGCAAGCUGACGUGCAGUGUGCACCGAUAGCGACGGAACCGGAGAAUAAAACGACAGAGGAAAGAUUUGAUUGUCCAGAGUGUUAUCGUUGGUUUUCUAGUGCUUCAUCGCUGCGCGUUCACAGAAUGUGGCAUGGCAUUCAUAAGAGAAGACAACAGACUCAAGGUCAGUCAGUGGCAGCUUACACGUGUGACAGGUGUGGCCACGAAGCCAGUAGCUACUCAGCACACUGCAAUCACAUACAACAGCACAAGAAUCAAAACGCAAGCGGUGAUGUAUUGUGCCAGGCAGAGGGAUUGGAGAGAGAAGAUUUGGCAUGCAAUGAAUGUGGUAAAUCCUUCCCCAGUUUGUCUGCUUUAGUCUCUCAUCAGUUGCAUCAUCCCGAAAGAAAACAAUUUCAGUGCCCAGAUUGCAUGAUGUUUUAUUCGCAUGCAACCAGCCUAUUUAACCAUAUGAAAAACUGCUCUGCACAAAAGAAAGAGAAUAUUUCAGUCACUAAGAAAGAAUACAAUCCAAAGAAAACCCUUCUAGGCCCAAAGAUUUAUCAUUGUGAACAGUGCGGGAAGGGUUUUUGGUCUCUAGGAGCUUACUCCCACCACAAGCAAAGUCAGACUCUAUGUGCAGAUUUGAGGCUAAGAAAAGGUGUCGCAGGAUCUUUGCAGUCUGUUAAUGGACACCAACGCUCCGGUGUUAAGGUUGCAUGUCCUGUGUGUGGUAGAAAGUUCCGUCACAAGGGCAUUAUGGCAUUGCACAUGCGAAAACAUGAAAAUGGAAAUCACAAAUGUGAACUCUGCAACAGGUCGUUCCGUCUUUUUUCCAGCCUCCUCAGACACCAGGUUGUGCAUAAUGACCAGUUACUCCCACCGCCUAGCAAGUCUUUUCAGCAUCAGGUGGAGCAGUUGAAAAAGAACACAUACAGCUGUCCUGACUGCGGGAAGCUGUUUUCACGGGCCAAAGCGCUUCAGUUUCACAUGAAAAGCCACGGGUACGAGACUGGGCCAUCAUCACCAAGACCUACUGUCACGCUGGAGGAUCUCCAGUGCGCAACAUGCCUCGCACAUUUCAACAGCAAGGCCUCUUUGAGGGCUCAUCAAAAGCUUUGCAUUAAAAAAGACAGUCAAGCAGUUGAUUGUAAGACAGAACUCUCAGAAAAUAAUGAUCCCCGAAAAUUGCACAAGGAUAGUAUGGAAGUCUGCACACAGGGAAGCUCUGAGCAAAUAACAGUUGAAACUGAAGUCAAGGAUGACAUGGACAGUGGUGAGCAAAAGAUGGGAAAUCAAUCAGGUGUUGGCAACCUAGAAAAGACAACUAAUUUGAAAUACAAAUGCAAAAAAUGUGACAGAAGCUUUUCAGUUGUUGGAGCUUUGAAUUUUCAUAAAAGAAUUCAUGCAGAUGGUUACAAAUCUGUAGCUAAAGCAAAAUUAGCCAUGUCUGUAAUGCUCAAGAAACCUAAAGAGGAAGAGCCAAGUAAGGGACUAUUUCACUGCUCAGAUUGUGGAAGGCGAUUCAUCUCCAACUCAGCCCUUGGCUCCCACAAAAGAUGGCACAAAGAAAAGAAAUGUUCACCGCCCUUGCUACAAGAUGAUGAUUCAAAAUCUGUGGGCCACAAGACAGAGGGCGGACCUUUUCAAUGCAACAAAUGUGGCAAACAGUUUUUUAACCAUUGUGUUCUCCAGCGCCACCAGAUGUUCAAUCCUCAGUGUCAAACCAAAACUGAGUCAGAGCGUGAUUCGAACAAAAGUGUUGAGAGCAACAGGACUCUGGAAAAGUUUUCAUGUGCAGAAUGUAACAAAACAUUUUUGCAUGGUUCCCUUCUAGCUGCCCACUGUGAAACUGACCACAGUAACACUUGGGAAGCUGGAGGACAUCAAGGAGAUGGGCUCACCUUGGUUGUCCAGUUCCCAGAACAGGGUGAUGUCAACUUCGGCGAAAGGGAGUCUACAUCAUCAAUACUGAAGCCAAAAGCUCACCAGUGUCCCCUCUGCUCUAUGACCUUUGCUAAAGCAAGAGGUCUACGUGCCCACAAGUGGCAGGCCCACUCAAAGAGAAAAGGCAAAAAUAAGGUUCCUUUGAGCACAAAAAAGGAGUUCAUCGCCUCAGGCAAUGUAGUCAAAAAGACAGAAGAUUCACUGGCUGUAUACAACGCUACACUGAAAAAUAGCCCUGUUGGCAAAGGAAAGAUGAAAAUCAGACCAGACCCCUCACCUGUGAAAUCGGUCACAUGCCUUGACUGUGGGAAGCAGUGUAGUUCUACAGCCGCACUCCUUGACCAUAAGAGAGUAUGCCUGAAGGCAAAGCAAGAGUCUAAACAAGAGAUCCAAACUCCUGAAACCACUGCUGAGGUUUCCCCUCCUCUUAGCCGUCUGUUGGAGCAUUCAACUAAAUGCCUCUUCAAGUGUGAUAAGUGUGGGAAAGCGUUCCAAACAGAGGAACAAUUAGGAACCCAUAAGACCAAGGCAAAGAGCCGACCUUAUUGCUGCGCCCUGUGCUGCCACGGCUUUUGGACCGAGAAUCAGCUGCAGCAGCACCUCGCCUGGCACGAUGAAGUCCGCUGUCGUCUCCCGAACGAGGUACGCUAUAGGCUCGGCGCUGCUAUGACCUCAAAGCCUCAUAAGUCCAACAUCCCCUCUGAUGACACCAGAGGGAAGUCCUUUCCAUCCUCCUCCACACUGAACCAACCUACACAAAACCCAGACAGCCAGUUGCAAAGUAGCCAUAAGUGCCAACAUUGUGGCAAAGCCUUUCUUUCACCAACUGCGUUACAAAAACACGAAACUCAGCACUGUAACAAUGACUGCUAUCACUGCUCUAUUUGUCCCAGGACCUUCAGUGAAAUACAGGACCUUAUCAAUCAUCACCAGGAAUGUAUCGGUGAUAACAAAAGGCAGAGUGAUGCCUCCGCUGCUGUCUCAUCAGGAGAUACCAAUGGCCUUACUUGCCUUGAAUGUGGAACUACUUUUUGUCACGAAACUGACUUGCACCAGCACUAUAUUGAACAUGCCCGUUUUAAUGUAUUAGACUAUACAACCUGAAAAGGACUGAGGUAAAGACACUGGAGAUUGUGGAUUUUUUUUUUUACUUUUGGAGGUUGCCAAACUAUGUAAAUGUGUUAAGCUGCAAAAUUCCUUGUUAGACUUUUGUUUAGGCUGAGUAGAAACAUGCUUUCCCUUUUUGUUUCUACAUUUGUGAUUCUUUAUAUUUAAAAAGUUAAGUUCCUUAGGUUAUUUUCCUAUUCUCAGGCUUUCCUUAUACACUGGAUUAGUAUAUAAAUGUUUGAAAAAUAACCUUUUAUAAACUUAUGUUGAAAUGUCACAAAUGUAUAGUUUUGAGCCACCAUUUUGAUUUGUUCCUGUUUUGAAUAGACCUGUCAUGAAUGUCAGGUGAACCUUGUUAAUGUCUUUGGGGAUCACAGGCUGAAUAUGGUAGUAUAUAUAUAAGAUUUAGAAACAUUUAUGCACGUACACGUUUGUCCUCAUGCAUUUAAAAAUUCCCUGUCGACACACUACUUAUUGCAAUGUUUUGAAGGGAUGGAAAUAAUUCUGCACAACAAAUGUAUACAAAUUUAGCUGGUGUCAUUGUAAGUGGCUGAGGUUUGGCUGAACAAUGUCACAUUUGCAUAUUUCAGAGAGAAGAUACAGAUAUAUGAAAUUCAGUAAUGUGCACUGUUUGUAUGAACUGGUUAAACAAAUUAAUGUUGAACAUUACAGCCAGGUACUACCAUAAAAGUAAUUACACAAUCAAGUAAUUGAAUGUUAUGUAUAAAACGUGUAGCAUUAAUUGAAGUAUCCCAUGUUCUUUCCUUUUCAGUGUUAUAUUUCUAUGUUGUGGGAAGGCUAUUCAUUAUUUAGACUAAAAUAGAGCUUUAGUUCAUGUAGGAUAGUUGUUAGUUUACUGUACCACUUAUGUAGUGGGAAAAAAGUAUUUGUAUUGUACAAGAGAUGUUACUUUAUUUUUAUUUUUCCCUCCUAGAUGACCAAUAGACCCUUUAACUACUUGUUAAACUUGCAGUUUCUGAAACAAUGAAGAAAAGGUUCUCUAAAAAGCUACAAAUAAAUUGAUACAUUUUUGCGUGAA